ACAAACAAAAACAAGGCUUGGACACUGCAAGCACGGGGCACCCACACAAACGCAAAGCAGCAGAUGAAGCAUCGCCAAAUAUGUUUCCAAACCAACUUCAUUCUAAGCCAAAGACUAGAAAAUAUGGUGAAGCAUAUCUUCCUUUUGGUUUCACCUGCACAAGUGCCAAGUUGUACACAACAUCUCUGUUUGUCCACCAGUCUCAUCUGUAAUUCAGAUAAAGGAUGUUGUUUCCAAUUUCCAAAUCCCUGCCAAAUAUAUUAGAGGUCAUUCACAAGUAUGCUGAACCCGGGACCAGUCUAAAGACCUACAGUGUUCACAAAGUGCAUGGCUUUGGGGAAAAUGUCUCAAGAGAUUUGGGAGUGCCUAAUACAUGUCUUAAUAGGAAAACAAUUCUCAAGGCAGUCCUGCAGUAUGAAAAGACCACAUCAGGGGUAGAGCGUCCCUUGCUACAGACAGAUUUUCCUACUGCAGAGACAACACUUGGAGAUGAUGUUCCUUCCAUUAAUGAGGAAGACGUUGUUGCGCCGAAGUCUCCACAAUCUGUAGGAAAUGUACCUUUACCUUCAGGAAAAGAGGAUGCACUUCAAAAAACUGCAGAGAGUGGCAUCCAUACCCCAGACACACAAUCCCUCAAGAGUGACUCUUCGUCUUCAAAUGCAAAUGCUAAGAGGAAUGAAUCAGAUGAAUCAGCUCAGGUCAACACAGACCGUAGCAGUUCAGAAGAAAGAUUUUUCACAUCUGGUUUGCCACAGCAGAAAAGUUUCUUUUUCAUAAAUGAGAAUAAAUGGAAGGAGUUACGGCAACAUCAGUCAGGAAGACUAUUUAAAGGACUGCAGUGGACAAAUAUAAUUGCCAGUGGAAUCAGAACCCUUAAUCCGUACUGCAGUUUUGGAUUUCGGAGACACAGUGUGAAAAAACUCUCUUCAAGAUCAAAUUCACCGGUUUUCAGGUGUAUGGGGUACUGCAGAUUUCAGGACUGCCCUGUCACUGUGGAUGUGGUGGUUUAUGACGAAGAGACACUGAAAGCAGAAGUCGUUUUUAAAGGAGGUGAGGUCUGCCAUAAUAACAAAGAGCUGAAAAGGCGGCCUGUGCGUGCACAAUCACGUCAAAGUGCUGGAGAACUCCUCAAAAACAAAUUACCAAGGAGCUUGUACUUGGAGUCUUUACAGAAAGUGCCACAAAAGGUGAUCCAAUCUGGCAACAGGGAUGAUGCUCCAACAAAAGAAGUCUUGAAAAACAUUGCAUGGUCUGAAAGAAAAGCCAGUAGAGCAGAUCCCAACGAGUUGAUUAGCUUACAAAAGAUAAUUCAACAGUAUCAGGACACUGAAAAGGAUGUACUUCAGAAGAUUCUGAUGCAUCCAAAGGGCAUAAUGCUGUGGUCUAAGAAAACCUUGUCAGUUUUUCAUCAUAGAUGCAAAGAAGACAUUGUGUACUUUGAUGCCACUGGAAGUAUAAUAAGAAAAGAAAGUGCUGGAACGCCACCAUACUAUGUGUAUGAGUUGGUUGUCAGAAACCCAUCCAAAGGUGCUUCUCCUCUUCCAGUUGCUACAUAUGUCACGUGUGACCACACUACAGCCUCUGUGACAUACUUCUUGCAGGCCUUUCAGACUGAUCUGGUAAGAGCAUUUGGUAAUCGGGCCUACAACAGGCCUGUCAUGUUCAUGUGUGAUGGAUCCCUAGUACUCCUCCGAUCCAUUUCCAUGACAUUCUGCAGAACAAGUCUAGAGGAUCUGCUGCAGAAGUACUAUGUCUUACUCAGUGGCCAGCAUUCAGCACAGCAAUUCAACAUUCCCAUUCUUCAUCGAUGUUUGAGCCAUGUCAUGAAAAAUGCCAAGGACCUUUGUAAAAAACACAUUCCAGAGAACUACAGGCUUGGGAUGCAUGUGUUUGGGCUCCUUGCAUGCUGUGAUAACUUGAAGACAUGGAUGAUGUUGUCCAUAGUGCAGCAAUAGUGUUUUGCAGUCCUUGUAGUGGAAGGAACGUAACAAAACACUACAACAACUUGAAAAUCCUUAUGCAAAAAAGGGGGACCCUGGAUUUGGAUGAAAAGACUGUGAUUGCUGAGGACUACAAGACUGAUGUUCAGAAUGCCCCAUUGAAGACCCAUUUCCAGGAAAUUGUUGACAAUGCAACACUGGACUGUGAGGGUGAAAGAAACAUCUUUCAUGCACCCAAAUUUGUUGCUGGUCUGGUAAAUCACCUUCUACCACAUGCAACUUUGUGGUCAUCAAUGAUGCUCGGGGAUCUUGGACGUCAUGGUACUGGUCCUGCUUACCAGCAGCUCAGUAAACUCUAUGGUGACAUUCAGCAAUCCAAGAAGCAGAAUUUUACACAAGACAACAGAACCCAAGGAAUCAUGGAGAAAAGCCAGUGGGAUUUGAAAAAAAUCUGUAUCCAGAGAAGGAGACUGACAAGGCUUGAUGACUUUGUGGAAAUUUAUCAGAAAAUGCACGAUGCCCUCCUGCUUGAAUAUGCAGACAUGAAAAAAUCAAGACAAAAGUCUUUUGGCGUGGAAAUGGAGAAAUGGAAAGACAAACGCAUUAAACGAAAAGGUGUGUAUGUGUCACCGUUAGUGACAGAACUGCCACUGAAGAAAAAGAAAAGAAAAAGAGAUAAGUCAUCAUGUUCCCAUUAUUUUCAAUAAUUAAACCUUGUGAUGUCCUCCCGAUUGCCAUACUCCUUUUGUCCUCUGGGGUAAAGCGUCUGCUUUGACUAUUUAUAAAGCAUCAAUUAUAAAUUAUCAUCCGUCUCCGUGUUUCAAUGUUUUAUCAAACUGUAUUCCAACUGAUUACCUGAAAUUUUAAUGUGUUUUGACAUUGUAUUACACCUAGGCAUGGGCCUUAGUGAACCCCCACUUUAAUGACAAAAAAUGCAUGUCCAUAGGUGACACAAGUGCAGGAGGAAGCUCAGGUUUUUUGCUUUUUGCUGGUCACACCAUGUACAGCUUUGUUUUCAGCAGUUGUAGGCCAAGGGCAUAUGAAUUAAACAAGCUUUCAAGGGUGAUCAUUGUCUUUUGGAGACCUACUGUAUUAAGCACAGCUCGCGUGCCCUGACUGCAGGAAAGCAAGUUUGCAAUCGUACACUAGCAUGUUCCCUGUACAGCUGGACCGGGCAUCACAUACUGCCCAUGUUUUUCUCUCAUAGUUCCUCUGUUUACUUGGGAUGUAAUGUUGGACAGAGUCCUUUAAGGGGACUAGGCACUCAUACACAGUCAUAUCAGUACCUGUAUGGUACACCAACAGCAGGACAGAUGUUCACUUGUUACAUACAUCUCAAAUCAGAACAAGUUUGUGUCAUUCAUGACCAUAUUCUAUUGUCUAUUAUAUUCUAUUAUAUAAAGUCAUUCAAAAAUGUUAUCUCUUAACAGGUAAAAGGGAAGACCACUGUUCAAACCUUUAAACAGGAACAGCACAAACAACAUGAUGCUCGUCAAACAUUUUUAGAAGUGUUUUUAAUGUCUACAUUUAUGUUUUGUGUGUUAUUGUCAUAAAUGACUCUGAAAAUUGACAUGUGUAUAUCUUUGUAGGAUGACAGCCAGGAACAAAUAGCUGUUUGCCAAAAAACUGCAACAUACAUGGAUAAUAAAGUGUCUGUCACAGUAUGGAAAGGAGAUUUAUGUGCCUUCAAAGUGGAUGCAAUUGUGAAUGCAGCUAAUGAAAGUCUCUCUCACAUGGGUGGACUUGCAAAGGCACUGUCUGCUACUGGAGGACGUACUAUCCAAGCAGAGAGUGAUGUCUUCAUUGCCAAAAAUGGCAAAUUAAAGGCUGGACAAGUUGCAGUGACCACAGCAGGCAAACUACCUUGCAUGAAGCUGAUUCAUUUGGUAGGCCCGUGUCUGCACAAUGACCCAACAGUGCACAUGAUAUCCCAUGCAAAGAAACUUUUAACUAAAGGCAUUUUGAACAUCAUGACAUGUGCAGAAGAGCACAAAUUUUCAUCUGUUGCCAUUCCAGCAGUGAGCUCUGGAAUAUUCAACUUUCCAGUCUCAAUCUGUGCUGAUGUUGUAGUCACCACAAUCAAAAAGUACAUUGAA